AUGGAUGGAGUCCUUCUAAAUGACCAGCUGCAGUGGUCAGCAGCAGCCUUGGUCUCCAGUGAGGGAAACUGCAGUGUGGUAAUGGUGGUGCUGGCCCCACAAGGGUACACUCCAGGGAGGAAUUCUGAAGCUGGAGAGCUUCCACCUAGUAGCCUGGAAUUCCGAGUGCAGAAUACUACCAAAGUCGCUGUAAAAGACUUGUCUUUGAAUUUAUAUAAAGGUCAGAUCACUGUUCUUCUAGGACAUAAUGGGGCAGGGAAAUCGACUACUCUGUCUAUUCUUUCAGGUCUCUAUGCUGCUACCAGUGGAAAGGCCUAUGUGAAUGGAUAUGACAUCUCAAAGCAGAUGGCCCAGAUUAGGAAAAGCUUGGGUUUGUGUCCCCAGCAGGACUUGUUGUUUAAUUACUUGACAGUAUCAGAGCACCUUUAUUUUUACUGUGUGAUGAAAGGAAUCCCUCGAAAGAUGUACCCUGUGGAAAUUGACCAUAUGUUGUCUGCUUUUAACCUGCUAGAAAAGCAAAAUGCAUUUUCAGAGUCACUGAGUGGAGGAAUGAAGCGCAAGCUCUCCGUCAUUAUAGCACUUAUAGGGGGCUCCAAGGUGGUGAUACUUGAUGAGCCCACAGCUGGUAUGGACCCAUCCUCAAGGAGGGCCACCUGGGAUCUCCUUCAGCAGUAUAAACAGGAUCGCACCAUCUUACUUACCACCCACUACAUGGACGAAGCUGACAUCCUGGGUGACCGCAUAGCCAUCAUGGUGAAGGGAUCCUUGCGAUGCUGUGGCUCUUCACUUUUCCUCAGAAAAAUAUAUGGUGUGGGAUACCACAUAGUCAUGGUGAAGGAGCCUCACUGUAAUGUUGAAGAAAUCUCAAAGUUGAUACAUUAUCAUACACCAUCAGCAAACUUGGAGAAGAAUGUUAGAAAUGAAUUAUCUUUUAUUCUACCCAAAGAGUAUGCACACAGCUUUGAAGCCCUGUUUACUGAUCUGGAAAAGAGACAGAAAGAGCUGGGCAUUGCUAGCUUUGGUGCUUCUAUCACUACGAUGGAAGAAGUCUUCUUUAGGGUCAGUAAUAUGGAAGAUUCACAGACAGAUACCCUAUCUAUCCCACCUCAACCUGUCUCUCUGAUGAGUGAAGCCUCAGUCAAGAACCAGAAUCGGAAUAUGUCCAGAAAUGAGAGAGCAGAUUCUUUCAAUAUAAAUGAAAGCCCUGCUAUUAUGUUCAAUACUGGGUAUUCCUUCUACCACCAGCAGUUCCAUGCCAUGUUCCUCAAGAGGGCAAUAUUCAGUUGGCGUAACUGGAAACUUGUUUUGCUGCAGAUACUGGCACUUCUAGGUUCACUUACCUUUCUCUCAGAGACUAAUAAGUUUUCACAUAGUAAUGAUGAUGAGAAGGUCAGACAAAUGAAUUUGGGCCAAUAUGGUCAAACCAUUGUGCCUGUAUCUAUUUCCGGGAAUUCUAAUUUGACUCUGAUUUUCUUAAAACAUCUUAAGAGUAUACUAGAGUCUGACAACCAUACAAUUAAGGAAGUGAAAGGAGAUCUAGUGAAAUAUUUGAUGGAAAAUGAAGAUUGUAUUCUCUUAUGCAUUGUUGCAUUUUCCAUUGAGGUAAAGAGAGAUAAAAUAAUAUUUACUGGUAUGUUCAACAAUCAAGCAUACCAUUCACCAUCCCUGAUGCUGGCAAUGUUAGACAACAUUCUUUUCAUGUCAAUUUCUGGCCCUGAUGCUUCCUUAACAGUCUCCAAUAAACCUCAGCCACAUUCUACUGAUAAGGAACACAGUGAAACAAUAUCAGAUGGACACCAGGUGGCCUUAAAUAUUCAUUUUGGCAUGGCUCUUUUGAUCAGUGGCUUUUCUCUAUUGACAGUGACUGAGAGAGUCUCUAAGGCAAAGCACAUCCAAUUUGUGAGUGGGGUCUCUGUCUUUGCAUACUGGAUCUCUGCUCUACUGUGGGAUCUCAUCAUAUUCUUCAUUACCUGCUGCUUACUACUAGUGAUGUUUAAAUUCUGCCAGCUAGAUAUAUAUCUCACAGAUUACCACUUCCUGGACACAAUGCUGAUCUUCAUGCUGUAUGGCUGGUCUGCCAUUCCCCUCAUGUACCUGCUGAGCUUCCUGUUUUCUAAAAGUACUUCUGCCUACAUCAAACUUGUGUUGUUCAACUACCUUUCAGGCAUUUUCAGUCUCCUCAUAGAUACCACAUUUCAAUUUGAAAAUGAACAUAACAUGUCAAAUGCCACCAGAAACUUCAUACUUGAGUCAUUAUUGCUUUUUCCCAAUUACAACCUGGCAAAGUGCAUCACUGACUAUUUUACUUUCCACCAGAUGAAAAAAUGGUGCUCCAUAAACAAACCUGCUGCCUACAUAAAUUGUGAUAAAGAAAACACUGAAAAGACUGUUUAUUCUUUAGAAGAGAAAAUGAUUGGAAAAUAUAUGAUUAUGAUGAGUGCCAUAGGCCUUAUUUGCCUUCUCUUGGUUUUCCUUUGGGAAACAACUCUGUGGAAAUUAAGAACAUUUCUCAAUCAAUACAUUUACUUUGGUAUCUAUAGGACAUACAAGAAGGAAAAAGUGUCUAAAGAGUUAUCUGGAGAAUGUGAAGAUGAAGAUGUAGGAAAUGAAAGAAAGAGAAUCUUGGGACAGCCUCAGGAGUUGCUGAAUUCCACAGUACUUAUUAAGGAACUCACAAAGAUAUAUUUUAAGUAUCCAGUCAUCCUGGCUGUGAAAAAUAUCUCCGUUACAAUUCAAAAGGGGGAAUGCUUUGGAUUGCUUGGUUUCAAUGGAGCUGGAAAAACUACUACCCUCCAAAUUUUAACUGGAGAAGAGAUUGCUACUUCUGGUCAUGUUUUCAUUGAUGGCUUUAGUAUCACUGACAAUAUCCAAAAGGUGAAGUCAAAAGUUGGGUAUUGUCCUCAAACUGAUGCCUUGCUGGAAUACAUGACUGGUCGCGAAAUAAUAACCAUGUAUGCCAGAUUAUGGGGAAUCUCUGAGCCCCAGAUUCAGCCAUAUGUGAGCAAAUGGUUGAAUUCGCUGCAACUGGAGCCCCAUGCUGACAGGAUUAUCAGAACCUACAGUGGAGGAAGCAAACGUAAGCUGAGUACUGCUAUUGCCCUGAUGGGAAAACCUGCAGUCAUUUUGCUGGAUGAGCCAUCAACAGGCAUGGACCCAGUAGCCCGGCGCCUGCUCUGGGAUGCUGUGACACAAGCACGUGAAAGUGGCAAAGCCAUUAUCGUAACUUCCCACAGAAUGGAGGAAUGUGACGCCUUCUGUACCAGACUGGCCAUCAUGGCGAAGGGAAAGUUCGUGUGCCUUGGCAGUCCUCAGCACCUCAAGAACAAGUUUGGUGAUAUAUACAUCCUGAAUAUUAAGGUCAACACUGAUAGACACAAGCAUAAACUAGAUGAUUUUAAAAAUUUUAUCACAAUGACAUUCCCAGGUAGUGUAUUAAAGCAGGAGAACCAAGGGAACCUGAACUACUACAUUCCCAGCAAGGACAAUAGCUGGGCAAAGGUGUUUGGUAUUUUGGAGGAAGCUAAAGAGCAAUUCAAAUUAGAAGAUUAUUCCAUCAGCCAGAUAACACUGGAACAAGUCUUUCUGAUUCUUGCUAACCUACAGAACACAGAAGGUGAUUGA